GACACAUAGACGUGUUGAGUGAGGAUAGCUGUAUACUGAAACCCCAAGGGUUGAGUGAGGUUUGAGAUUGCCAGACACAUGGACGGGUUGAGUGGGGAUAGCUGCAAACUGAAACCCCACGGGUUGAGUGAUGUUGAAGUGCCGGACACAUGGACGCGUUGAAUGAGGAUAGACACAUGCUGAACCUCACAGGUGAUUUGUAUUGGAGAUUGCCGGACACAUAGACGUGUUGAGUGAGGAUAGCUGCAUACUGAAACCUCACAGAUGCAUUGGUUUUUGCCAGACACAUAGACGCGCUGAGUGGAGAUAGCUACAUACUGA